GGAGCGGCGCUUUCCACUGCUCUGCGCCUUCGUCGGCGUCCAGUGCUCGCAGCCGCCUUCCCCGGGCUUCCCCGCGGGGGGCGCAGCGGGAUUCUUCUCCCCGCACCGAUCCCGGGCGGCGGACAGGGCCGCUGCUGUCGGGUUCCGUGUGCUGCGCCCAGACUGCGGGGUCGCCGCGCCCCCAGGGAGCUGGGCUCUCCCCUUGGGAGACCGCCUCGGGCGCCCUGCACUCCUCGCCCACCUUCCCCGCUUUUCCCUCCCACCUACACGGCUGGUCUCCCCGCGGCAACAGCCCGUCCCUCCCCUGGGUUGGUCUCCAACCCCUUCCCCGCUUUCAGCCCCCUGCCUUCCGCUCCCCGCCCUCUGUCCAGCCCAGUCCCGCCCCUCCCGCUGCUCCCGCUCCUCCCGCCCCGACCGGGUCGGUCCGCUUGACUCGGCCCCCGGCCCGCCCCUUCCAGCCCUCGGCCCCCGGCCCGCCGUCCGGCUGCGCCACUUCGGCGCGUGCGACCCCGGUGCCGGCAGGGGCAUGGCUGGCUGGCGCGGGAUCGGGGCGUCUGUCUGUCCGUCGGUGCGGAGAAAACUUCCAGACUCGCGGUCCGGGAUGGGGCGAGCCGUGGCCUGGCUCCUCCUAUCUGCGCUCUGGGUCGGCGGCAAAGCCCUAUGCAGAGACCAGCCUACAUCCCGCCUACACAUGGUCAGGAGCUCAGGAGGGUGUGGCAUCCUGAGUGUGGUAGGAGAACCAGCCCUGCAGCCAGCUAUCGCUGAGGUGAAGGAACACAGUAAGCGCAACCUGCCUCCUCCAGGAAGCCUGCAAGCUGCCGACAUGCCAUUUUUCUUUCCGCACCCCCCCGUGAACCAGCCUGCCUUGGGGUAUCCACCAGCCCAGCCUGGAAGACACCACACAGGACACGCAGCCCUUCCCAGAGUGACCUCUGCCAAGUCAAAGCUCCUGCUGCCUCUUGCAUUUAAUCAUACAGUUGGCCACAUAGUACUUUCAGAACAUAAAGAUGUCAAGUUUAACUGCUCGAUCAGCAUCCCCACUAUGUACCAGGACACUGUCGCUAUUUCUUGGUGGAAAGAUGGGAAGGAGUUGCUUGGGGCACAUCAUGCAAUCACGCAGUAUUAUCCUGAUGAUGAAGUUACAUUAAUAAUCGCUUCCUUCAGCAUAACCAGUGUGCAGCGUUCAGACAAUGGGUCGUAUAUUUGCAAGAUGAAAAUAAACAAUGAAGAGAUUGUGUCUGACCCCAUCUACGUCGAGGUGCAAGGACUUCCUCACUUCACUAGACAGCCUGAGAGCAUGAAUGUCACCAGAAACACAGCCUUCAACCUUACCUGUCAGGCCGAGGGCCCGCCUGAGCCUGUCAGUAUUUUCUGGGUUCAGAACAGCAGCCGCGUCAGUGAACAGCCUGAAAAAUCCCCCUCCGUUCUAACUGUUCCGGGUCUGACCGAGACAGCCGUCUUCAGUUGCGAGGCCCACAAUGACAAAGGGCUGACUGUGUCCAAGGGCGUGCACAUCAACAUCAAAGUAAUUCCCUCCCCACCAACUGAAGUCAGUGUCCACAACACCACCGCCCACAGCAUCCUGAUCUCCUGGGUCCCAGGUUUUGAUGGCUACUCCCCCUUAAGGAACUGCAACAUUCAGGUCAAGGAAGUUGAUCUGAUGACUCGUGGCUCAGUCAUAAUUUUUAACACCUCUGCUUCAACACAUCUGUAUCAGAUUGAGCAGCUGCAAGCUCUGGCUAAUUACAGCAUUGGUGUGACCUGCAUGAAUGAAAUUGGCUGGUCCGCAGUGAGCUCCUGGAUUCUGGCCAGCACUACUGAAGGAGCUCCCUCGGUAGCGCCCCUGAAUGUCACCGUGUUCCUCAAUGAAUCUAGUGAAAAGUUGGACAUCAGAUGGAUCAAGCCUCCAAUUAAGCGGCAGGAGGGGGAACUGGUGGGCUACCGGAUAUCUCACAUGUGGCAGAGUGCAGAGACUUCCAAAGAGCUGUCUGAGGAAGUCGGCCAGAAUGGCAGCCGGGCUCAGAUUUCGGUCCAGGCGCACAACGCCACAUACACAGUGAGGAUUGCAGCCGUCACAAAAGGGGGCGUCGGGCCUUUCAGUGAUCCUGUGAGAAUGUUCAUCCCUGCGCACGGUUUGGUAGAUUUUGCCCCCUCGUCAACGCCAGCUCCUGGCAACACAGAUCCAGUGCUCAUCAUCCUUGGCUGCCUUUGUGGAUUUGUUCUGAUUGGCUCAGUGUUAUAUAUUUCUCUGGCCAUCCGAAGAAGAGUCCAGGAGACGAAGUAUGGGAACGCCUUCACGGAGGAGAAUUCAGAACUGGUUGUCAAUUAUAUAGCAAAGAAGUCCUUCUGUCGGCGAGCCAUCGAACUCACCUUACAGAGCUUGGGAGUCAGCGAGGAACUGCAAAAUAAACUAGAAGAUGUUGUGAUUGACAGGAAUCUGUUAAUUCUUGGGAAAAUUCUAGGUGAAGGAGAGUUUGGGUCUGUAAUGGAAGGAAAUCUUGAUCUGCAAGAUGGGACCUCUCAGAAAGUGGCAGUGAAGACCAUGAAGUUGGACAACUUUUCGCAGCGAGAGAUUGAGGAGUUUCUCAGUGAGGCAGCAUGCAUGAAAGACUUCAGCCACCCGAAUGUCAUCCGACUCCUAGGGGUUUGUAUAGAAAUGAGCUCUCAAGGCAUCCCAAAGCCCAUGGUGAUCUUACCCUUCAUGAAAUACGGAGAUCUGCACACCUACUUACUCUGUUCCCGACUGGAGACAGGACCAAAGCAUAUUCCUCUGCAGACUCUAUUGAAGUUCAUGGUGGACAUAGCCCAGGGAAUGGAGUACCUCAGCAACAGGAAUUUCCUUCAUCGAGACUUAGCUGCUCGGAACUGCAUGUUGCGGGAUGACAUGACUGUGUGUGUGGCUGACUUUGGCCUCUCUAAGAAGAUUUACAGUGGGGAUUACUACCGCCAAGGCCGCAUUGCUAAGAUGCCUGUGAAGUGGAUUGCCAUCGAGAGCCUUGCGGACCGAGUCUACACAAGUAAAAGUGACGUGUGGGCAUUUGGCGUGACCAUGUGGGAAAUAGCAACACGGGGAAUGACUCCCUAUCCCGGGGUCCAGAAUCAUGAGAUGUAUGACUACCUUCUCCACGGCCACAGGCUGAAGCAGCCAGAGGACUGCGUUGAUGAGCUGUAUGAAAUAAUGCUCUCUUGCUGGAGAGCUGAGUCCUUGGACCGACCCACCUUUUCAGUGUUGAGGCUGCAGCUAGAAAAGCUGUUGGAAAGUUUGCCCGAAGUUCAGGACAAAGCCGAUGUCAUUUACAUCAACACACAGUUUCCAGAGAGCUCGGAGGGCCCCGCACAGGGCCCCACACUUGCUCAGCUAGACAAGCUAGACAUGAACAUCAGUGUUGACUCUAUAAUUGCAUCUUGUGCUGCCAGCACUGCUGUCAGUGUGGUCACAGCAGAAGUUCAUGAGAACGAGCCUCAUGAAGAAAGGUACAUCCUGAAUGGGGGCAGUGAGGAAUGGAAAGAUGUGGCUAAUGCUGCCCCAGCAACAGGGACAGAAGGAAAGAACAGCAUUUUACCAGAGGGCAGACUCGCAAGCCGUGGGGUCUCCUGGUCGCAGUCCAGCACGCUGCCCUUGGGGAGUGCAUUGCCAGAUGAACUUUUGUUUGCUGAUGACUCCUCAGAAGACUUAGAAAUCCUCAUGUGACAAGAGCUGAGAGACAUUCCCAAACCAAGGAAAUUCUUCCACUUUGGGGAAACCCUUGUACACUUGAUGUUUUUGGUAUUUGUUCCCUUACCGAGUAAACCCCAUGGUCCGAAACUACCAUAUGAAUGUUGUCAAGUAAGUCAUCUUUAAAAAUACAUAAUAUAUGUUAUUUAAAGAGGAUAUAUAUAUGUAUAUAUGUGUGUGUGUAUGUAUAUCGUGGAAAGAGACAAAGAUAUUGUAAUAAAAGAUGAAAUUUCAGGUCCCUUAUCUUACAGAUCUUAAAAUUUAAGCUUUAACAGCCCCAUCUCUACAGCUGUUCCCUGAUGUUAAUGUGCACAGAGUUGUUUUUUAAAGUUCUUUUCUUUUUCAUAAGUAAUAAGAAUGAAAUGUUUGUAUAAUCAAAUGCUGUAUUUGACUCUGCUUCUGAUUUUAUGAAAAAUGUGACAUUCCUACAUGAAUCAUCUAUUUGAUAAGAAUGAUUUCUUUAACAUUUAAAGUUUUAUAACUGAUUAAUUUUUCACUGUGACUUCCUAAUAAAAUACGAAUGAGGAA